UUUUCUUCCCCUUCCGUGGGUCGGGGCCGGUUUGGUGCGGUCCGGAACCUUCAACUCCUUUCUUGUAGUCCAAGUCCUCCCGCAGCGGCCGAGCUCCGGCUGCGUGUUGAGGAAGGAGGGUGUGGUGGGUUGAAAGCUAUUCUACUUCAUUCCCGAGUUAGACCAUGGAUUCAGUUUUAGUCUCUCAAGAGGGAAGUGAUGUUGGAGAUUGUUAUUUCUAAUUUCGGGUAGAAACAGGUUGACUCUGGGGCCCAGAGCGAGCGUAUCUAACUUAGUGCUUCUCCCGUGUUUGAAGGAGGACCAAAAAAAAAAAAAAAAAGUCCCAUCUGGCAAAAUUUCCGUAACCUCUUAAGUAGAAAACCCCAGGUGUCUUUUAAAUUGCGAUAGUUUUUGUUGUGUCCAGCUUCUUCGGGUGGAGCUCCCAGGGUUAGCUAGGUUUUAGGUUUGAAACAGAUGCAGAAUCCAAAGGCAGUGCAGAAAACAGCCAACGAUUUUGCUAUGCCUCUGAGCUGCAAGAUAACCAGACAGCUCAAUGGAGUCUGAGCAACUGUUCCAUAGAGGCUACUAUAGAAACAGCUACAACAGUAUAACAAGUGCAAGUAGCGAUGAGGAACUUUUAGAUGGAGCAGGUGUCAUUACGGACUUUCAAACUUCUGAAGAUGACAAUUUGUUAGAUGGUGACACAGUCGUUGGAACUCAUUACACAAUGACAAAUGGAGGCAGCAUUAAUAGUUCCACACACUUACUGGAUCUUUUGGAUGAACCAAUUCCAGGUGUUGGCACAUAUGAUGAUUUCCAUACUAUUGAUUGGGUGAGAGAGAAAUGUAAAGACAGAGAAAGGCAUAGACGGAUCAACAGCAAAAAGAAAGAAUCAGCAUGGGAAAUGACGAAAAGUUUGUAUGAUGCGUGGUCAGGAUGGCUGGUGGUAACACUGACAGGAUUGGCAUCAGGGGCAUUGGCUGGAUUAAUAGACAUUGCUGCCGAUUGGAUGACGGACCUAAAGGAGGGCAUUUGCCUUAAUGCAUUGUGGUACAACCAUGAACAGUGUUGUUGGGGAUCUAGUGAAACAACGUUUGAGGAGAGAGAUAAAUGUCCACAAUGGAAAACAUGGGCAGAAUUAAUCAUAGGUCAAGCGGAGGGUCCUGGUUCUUACAUCAUGAACUACAUAAUGUACAUCUUCUGGGCCUUGAGUUUCGCCUUUCUUGCUGUUUCCCUGGUAAAGGUAUUUGCUCCAUAUGCCUGUGGCUCUGGAAUUCCAGAGAUUAAAACUAUUUUGAGCGGAUUCAUCAUCAGAGGCUACUUGGGAAAAUGGACUUUAAUGAUUAAAACCAUCACAUUAGUACUGGCUGUGGCAUCAGGUUUGAGUUUAGGAAAAGAAGGUCCCCUGGUACAUGUUGCCUGUUGCUGUGGAAAUAUCUUUUCCUACCUCUUUCCAAAGUAUAGCACAAAUGAAGCUAAAAAAAGGGAGGUGCUGUCAGCUGCCUCAGCUGCAGGUGUUUCUGUAGCUUUUGGUGCGCCCAUCGGAGGAGUUCUUUUUAGCCUGGAAGAGGUUAGCUAUUAUUUUCCUCUUAAAACUUUAUGGAGAUCAUUUUUUGCUGCUUUAGUUGCUGCAUUUGUUUUGAGAUCCAUUAAUCCAUUUGGUAAUAGUCGUCUGGUCCUUUUUUAUGUGGAGUAUCAUACGCCAUGGUACCUUUUUGAACUGUUUCCUUUUAUUCUCCUUGGGGUAUUUGGAGGACUUUGGGGAGCCUUUUUUAUUAGAGCAAAUAUUGCUUGGUGUCGUCGACGCAAGUCCACCAAAUUUGGAAAGUAUCCUGUUCUUGAAGUCAUUAUUGUUGCAGCCAUUACUGCUGUGAUAGCCUUCCCUAAUCCAUAUACGAGGCUCAACACCAGUGAACUGAUUAGAGAGCUUUUUACAGACUGUGGGCCCCUGGAAUCCUCUUCUCUUUGUGACUACAGAAAUGACAUGAAUGCCAGUAAAAUUGUUGAUGAUAUUCCUGAUCGUCCAGCAGGCCUUGGAGUAUAUUCAGCUAUAUGGCAGUUAUGCUUAGCACUCAUAUUUAAAAUCAUAAUGACAGUAUUCACUUUUGGUAUCAAGGUUCCAUCAGGCUUGUUUAUCCCCAGCAUGGCCAUCGGAGCAAUUGCGGGGAGGAUUGUGGGGAUUGCAGUGGAGCAGCUUGCGUAUUAUCAUCACGACUGGUUUAUCUUUAAGGAGUGGUGUGAGGUUGGGGCUGACUGCAUUACUCCUGGCCUUUACGCCAUGGUUGGUGCUGCUGCAUGCUUAGGUGGUGUGACAAGGAUGACUGUCUCCUUGGUGGUUAUUGUUUUUGAGCUUACUGGAGGCCUGGAAUAUAUUGUUCCCCUUAUGGCUGCAGUAAUGACCAGUAAAUGGGUUGGAGACGCCUUUGGUAGGGAAGGCAUUUAUGAAGCGCACAUUCGGUUAAAUGGAUACCCUUUCUUGGAUGCAAAAGAAGAAUUCACUCAUACCACCCUGGCUGCUGAUGUCAUGAGACCUCGAAGGAACGAUCCUCCCUUAGCUGUCCUAACACAGGACAAUAUGACAGUGGAUGAUAUAGAAAACAUGAUUAAUGAAACCAGCUACAAUGGAUUUCCUGUCAUAAUGUCAAAAGAAUCUCAGAGAUUAGUGGGAUUUGCCCUCAGGAGAGACCUGACAAUUGCAAUAGAAAGUGCCAGAAAAAAACAAGAAGGUAUCGUGGGCAGUUCUCGGGUGUGCUUCGCACAGCACACCCCAUCUCUCCCCGCAGAGAGUCCUCGGCCCUUGAAGCUUCGCAGCAUUCUUGACAUGAGCCCUUUCACAGUGACGGACCACACGCCCAUGGAGAUUGUGGUGGAUAUUUUCCGAAAGCUGGGUCUGAGGCAGUGCCUUGUCACUCACAAUGGGCGCCUCCUUGGCAUUAUAACAAAAAAAGAUAUCCUCCGUCAUAUGGCCCAGACGGCAAACCAAGACCCCGCUUCGGUCAUGUUCAACUGAAUCCCGUAGAUGAGGAGAGAGAGGAGGCAGAAGAGGAAGUUCAUUUGUUGAAUAGCACAACUCUGUAACCUGAGGGAGUCGUCUACUUAUAUUUCUCCUUUAAACAAACAAACAAAAAAGAAAUAUAAAAGCCAGGCGUUUGCAACAUGGUUUGCAAAUAAUGCUGGUGGAAGGAACUGUUUGGGGAGGGAAAGGAGAGAGAGAAGGAAAUGAGUGAGGUAUUUUCCCUAAGGAGAGCAGCCAGCCACCUCCUGUUGUUCUGCACUGGUUGCCUUCAGCCAAGGAUGUGCUGUGACGGAGCAGGCUUGAGCCCCAAAGGAGAGGACACCGGAGCCCCCAGCACCUGGCCUGUCACGCCAACAUCGCAAAGACGCGUUAUCAGUCCCUGUUUCUGGAGGGAUUACUUUGAAUUGAGCCAUCUCUAAGACUGCAGGUCUUGCCCUUUUUUAUCAAAACUGUUCUGUUUAAUUCAUGAAUUGUAUAGUUAAGUAUUACCUUCCUACAUUCCAGAAGAACCUCCCUCCCUCCCUCCCUCUCUUUCUGUCUCUUCCUCUCGCUCCCUCCCUCCCUCUCUCUCUCUCUCUAACAAAGCCUCUUAAAUGGUGUGCCCUUUGGAAGCAGUCCUUUCUCAUAUUGAGAUGUACUGUGAUUUUGCUGAGGUCUCAUCACAAGAAGGGAGUGUUUCUUGUGCCACUGCCCGUGUAGUGUGCGCCAUGAGCGUUCUUGGAGCAGCCUUGUGCACUGCAGUGAAGGCUGAUCACAAAGGCACAGUCUCCGCCAAGCGUGGAUGAGCUCGCAGCUUGUGUGCUGUGUGGCUCAGAGUCUGCAAUGAAAUGGGACUCAUGAGGAUAAAGUUUUCUGUUUAUUUUCCUCUCAGACUUUAUGGAUAAUGUGACCUGGUCUUAUGCAUAACUACUCUGAUAGACAACUACUGUUCAACAUACGGAAACAAAAUGCUGCUGCUCUGACAG